AUGCUGGGAGCAAUACUCUUCAACAUCCUCGUCAUCACCACCAUCCUACGUGUACGGAGUCUGAGACAGAACUAUCAUAACAUGUUGGUCCUCAACCUAUCUGUGGCGGAUCUUGGUGUAGCGCUGACCAGUAUGACGUUCUCACUGGUAUCUGUCUUUGAUAGUGGACAUUUCUUAACAACACAUGAUGGAGUAUGCAAAGCGAACGGAUUCUUCUCCACCAUGUUCUCCUACACAAACUUCCCCGUCAUUCUCUCCAUCGCCACUGACCGUUUCCUUAUCGUCGUUUUAUCCAAGCGUUUCCCUCCAAAUCGACGUCGUGUCUUCGUCAUGAUUGUCGUGUGCUGGCUCGUAGGAAUAAUCAUCGCGUCCAUCGCAUCGGCCGGUUUAGUGAUCGACUACGAAUACGACCAAAGUACGAAACACUGCACUCGUAUCUGGGGAAUAGAUAUGUUCCGCAUCAUCAGCAGUGUUUUAUAUUUAGGAGUAAUCAUCCCAGGUCUGAUCGCCAUAUACGUCAUCAUCGCGUACUUCAUUCGGAAGAAGGGCUUGAGUCUUCAACGUCACCAGCUGUCUUCAUCGAUGUCCACGUUGAGGUCGCUGUCGAAUGUGCCGAAUAGAAGUGUGAUGGACUCAGGUGAAGAAUCAGAAACACGAAUAACGCUUCCCCAACCAGCACCAAUGAGACGACUGUCGGAUUCGGCAGAAGACGACGGAAACAUCAGCGUCAGUACGGAGGCUCACAGCGUCAGGAAUGUCAACGCAACCGCAACGGACAGGAAGAUCAAGAUGAAACGUCGGCGUCAGCGGCAUGUAGCCCACAAACGCGUCAUUCUCGUGGGUGCACUGCUUGUUUUCACGACGAUCAUCUGUUGGACUCCUUACUUGAUGUAUCACUCAAACUACAUCCGGGUCAGUGAGGGGGAGGGUCACUGGUUUGGUGUUUUGACGAUGUGGCUGGGAUACUGUAACGCCCUCUUCGACCCACUCAUAUAUGCUUUCCUCAACAGACGUGUGAGGGCGGAAUUAUGGAAACUGAAGAGGAAAACAUUUGCAUGCUGCAACUCCUGA